CCCUGGCUGAGACGCAUGCAGACGCACAGUGUAAAAACACACCAAGUGAACCAACAGGAGCGUCCUCUUACCUGUCAUGGGAGUCUAACCCUCAUAUCAUACCAUAUCUGCUGAUAGGCUUUGUGAAGACAGAUCCUCCUCUUGCAGAAUGAAGAUUGUGGAAACGACUGGAGUUGUCAAAAUCCUCUCACUGCUGAUUCUGGUCACCUCAAGUUACGGGAUACAAAGAGCACCUCGGAUCAUCACUUUAUUAGAGACAGUGGAUGUCCUACUCGAUCACAAUGCCACCUUCAUCUGUGAAGUGGAGUCCCGCCCUUCUGCUGAAAUUACUUGGACAAAGAAUAACGACCAGAUUAUGUACUACGACCCCCGGUACAUUACCAGGGAGCAGGGACAGAUGCUUAUCAUCCCUCGUGUAAGAGAUUCAGACAAUGGAGAGUACUGUUGCAUUGCCAGCAACGGCAUUGGAGAGCCAGCAAAGAGCUGUGGAGCACUGCAGCUAAAGAUGAAACCACAGAUUAAACGCCAUCCUACCAACGUAACCCUUCUGGUAGAGUCAAAAGCAGUGUUGCCUUGUGUCACCCUUGGUAACCCUAAACCUGAUGUCACCUGGCUCAAAGAUGAUGAGCUCAUCAAGAUCAGUGACCGUGUUACCAUUCUUGACUAUGGCGCACUAAAGAUCCAUAACAUACAGAAGGAGGAUGCUGGACAGUAUCGCUGUGUGGCCAGGAAUAGCUUUGGUUUAGCCUUUUCAAAGCCCGUAACCAUAGAGGUACAGGCCCCAGCACGAAUCCUGCGUGUUCCAAAGGAGAAGAAGGUUGCAUAUGGAAGCCAGAUUUCCUUAGAGUGUAAUGCCACAGGAAAUCCAACCCCAACCAUCACCUGGCUGGAAAAUGGGAAUAUGAUCUCAGGGGCGUCAGUGGAAGAGACUCUGUCAGGAGAGAUAAUCUUGUCUGUUCUUAAAGUGACGGUGAAUAAGCCAGCCCUGUAUACAUGUCUAGCCUCUAACAAACACAGUGCUGGAGCUAACACUGUCAAAGCAACAGCCAGGGUCACUGUGGCAGAGUGGAGACUCUACAAGGGCGUUGCAGGUUACUGCAGUGCGUAUCGUGGUGAUGUGUGCCGAGGCAUCCUGCAAGAUGAUUUGUUGGUGUUUCUUAACUCCUCCUUCUCGGACCCAGAGGACAUGCAGGAGUACCUGGUUCAGAGUUGGUGGACAGAGCUAGAAGGACUCAGUAAGCUGUGUAGCCCUGCAGUACGUUCACUGCUGUGCCACUCCUCUUUUCCUGACUGCAACCCAUCAGGGUUAGGACCAGCACCUAAGCCUGUCUGCAGAGAGCACUGCCUGGCAGUCAAGGAGCUGUACUGCCACAAAGAGUUGUUCAUGUUAGACAGCAGCAGCUCAGUGCAGUCUGGUCUCUUUGGCUCUGUCACUGGAUCCCACACUCCUAAUUCCCUGCUGCCCAACUGUCAGGCCUUACCAAGUCUUCACGCAGAUCCUCAUGCUUGUACACACAUCCCUUUUGUAGACAUAAAAAGAGAUCAAAUUACAACAACUUGUUUCACUGAUAGAGGACGUUUUUACCAAGGACGCAUAAAUGUGACGAAGUCUGGGACACCGUGUCAAUCCUGGAGCUAUCAGGUUCCCCAUCAGCACCGCCUGUCUGUAGAUGUGAUUCCAGAAUUGAAAAACUCAGACAACUACUGUAGAAACCCUGGAGGAAUCAGUGACAAGCCCUGGUGUUAUACUUCAAAUCCCAACAUACGCUGGGAGUACUGCGCUGUGCCGCGGUGUGGUGAAACAAGCAUUCUACCAGUGAUGAAGUCUGCAUCUCCAGACCCUCGUUCUCGACCCCCUCCCAUGACAUCAUCUCCAGCUUACUCCAUGUCCGUCAUUGUCAUCAUCCUGACGUCACUCGUUGCCUUAGUCUUCCUUACCAUCGUCAUCCUUGCCUGCCGCAGACGGAGGAAGCAGUGGAGAAACAGAAAGAGAGUGAUGGAGACCCCAACACUGAGUGCUCUUCCAUCAGAGCUUCUGCUGGAUCGACUCCAUCCGAACCCCAUGUACCAACGGGUACCUCUGCUGCUAAACUCAAAGCUACUGGCCCUUGAGUAUCCCAGGAAUAACAUCCAAUACGUUAGAGAUAUUGGAGAGGGAGCCUUUGGUCGAGUUUUUCAAGCCAGAGCACCAGGUCUACUGCCAAUGGAGUCUUUCACAAUGGUGGCUGUGAAGAUGCUGAAGGAGGAAGCCUCAGCUGACAUGCAGAACGACUUCCAGAGAGAGGCAGCACUCAUGGCUGAAUUUGACCAUCCAAAUAUCGUACGACUUCUAGGUGUGUGUGCAGUGGGCAAACCCAUGUGUCUGAUGUUUGAGUACAUGGCUCACGGUGACCUCAAUGAGUUCCUGCGCCGCAGAUCUCCAUCACAGUCUGUACGCACUCUCAGCCAUGCCAGUCUAUCAGGUCACAGUUUUUCCUUGGAGCUGGAGGUAGUGUCUCUCUCCUGUCCAGAGCAGUUGUCAAUUUCUAAGCAAAUUGCUGCAGGAAUGGCCUACCUGUCAGAGCGCAAGUUUGUCCAUCGUGACCUUGCAACACGAAACUGCCUAGUUGGUGAGGAAAUGGUGGUGAAGAUUGCUGACUUUGGUCUCUCUAGGAACAUCUACUCUGCAGAUUACUAUAAAGCCAACGAGAAUGAUGCUAUCCCCAUUCGCUGGAUGCCCCCAGAGUCUAUUUUCUACAAUCGAUACACAACUGAAUCAGAUGUGUGGGCCUACGGGGUGGUGUUGUGGGAGAUCUUCUCCCAUGGCAUGCAACCGUACUAUGGAAUGGGCCAUGAGGAGGUUAUUUACUAUGUGCGUGAUGGCCAUAUCCUCUCCUGCCCUGAGAACUGCCCUCUGGAGCUGUAUAAUCUGAUGAGGCUCUGUUGGAGCACACACCCAUCAGACAGGCCUAGCUUCAGCAGCAUACAUCGGAUAUUAGAGCGUAUGCAUCAAAACACUUUAAGUGUGAAUGCUGACACUGAGGCUGACUGUUGAACUGAGACAUUUUUUGAAAAAAAAAAAAAAAGACUCUGCAACAACACAUUGCCACAAGUAGUGCAUUGAGGCCUUAAAUUCAGCGUGACCCCAUUGUUUUCUUUCAGGCUAUUUGCAGAAUGCCUUCUUUUUUAUUUUAAGAACUGUAUUUUGGCAAUGAUGUAGAUUUUCUUUGCUGACUAAGACUAAGACUUUGAAUGCACCAGAUAGGGUGUGAACCUUUAAUGACUUAAAGUAACUUCAGUAUUUAAAUACAGCAUUUACCCUUACUCAUGUAGACAUAGUCAAAUACUACUAUGCAUUUAUCGCAUGUUAGGUUAUUGGAGUUCCCUUUUUUUUCUUCUUAAUUUUGAGCUAUCAAGCAGUUACACAUAGGGCAUUUACUAAACCUAAGGUUAGUAAAACAGAAUGGUACACAUUUUAAACUGUCAUCUCUGAUUCCACAGUGGCACACGAUCACUUUAAAGCAUGGCUAUAUAAGUUGCUAUUCCACAUUCUGGACAUUCUUGUUUAAAUAUUUGUUUCUUUAUUGAUAAGUUGUUGAUGUUCAACUUUAUUGAGUUCAUGUAACAUUUUUGGCAGUGUUUGACACACAAGCUUGAUAUCAGUCGAACAAGUUUUUUUCAUUACAGUGUGCCGAUAGUUUUCUCAGGACACUUGUGCUGUUUUAUACAUUAUUUAGAGAGAUUCAAUAUUAUUUCAUAAUGAGCAAGCAAUGGGUAAGAACGCACAACAGUUGCAAGGAAAGGCAAAAUGUCAAGCCCCCUCAGCCAUCAGCUGCUGCCUGGAACGUAAAUUAAUUGCAGCAAUAAUAAUAAAACUUAAUUUGUACAUUUUUGAAUGAAAAAAAUAUGUAUUAAUUUGCACAGUUGCUGUUGAGCUUACAUCUGACACACGUAUGAUUAGAAAUCUUUUUCAGACAGUAACAAUUUUUAUUUUUGAGCUUUGAAACAUAUAAUUUUGUGAGUGAAAGUAUUAAAAACUGCUGUCAUUUAAAAUAUUAAAAUUCUAUCUCUUUGCCCUCUGUUUGACUGAAUUUGAUUUAAAGGGCUGUGUAUUUUUUUCAUCAUUACAGGACAAUACUAUGAACAUAUUCUUUGUCAUCAGUCAUAUUUUUAAUGUAUACAGUUCAAAUAAGUGAGAUGAGUUUCUUCGGUAAAUGUAUUAGUGAAAGAGAUAAUAUUUCAGAGUAACUAUGUACUUGUUUUUAAAUGUGGAGUGAUGUAAACCUAUUUAUUUUUAUGCAGAAUGAUAAUGCUGGUUUUACCCCUUUUAUUUCUGUUUAAAUAUGUCUUUGUAUGCCUUGAAAUAAACAAAAUUAAAAACAUUUGUUUGUAUACGAA